AUGACCACAGACACGCCGUUGCUCCCCACUGUCAAUAUCGUCGAGCUCAAUGCUCAGGAAGAUGGUAGAAUAUCUCACGUUAGCCUUUUCUUUAAUCGCGCCGAAGUGACCCGCCUUUUUCAAUUUGCUGCGAGCGCCGGAGCCAACAACCUCGUUGUCUCCAAAUUGCCCGAUGUAUUGGAAAAUGACACCAUUCGCGUUGAAAGGCGUGGUUCCGGAACCAUUCACGAUAUUUCAGUUGUGCGAGCGCCGUGGUCAGAGGCCGCCACUUCCGAGCUGCUGAUAUCUUUGAGGAACCAGGAGGCAGACCUCCAGAGGGCCGUUGCUCGCUGCCGGAAGUGCCAAUCGAGCAUUGAACGCUACGCGUCCGGGCUUACUACUGAACACGUCAACGUCGCCGAGUUGGUGGCUGCGCUCGAGACCUACGAGGCCGCUACAAAGAAAUAUGAUGACCAGCUCGUCGACCUGCAGAAGAGCCUGGGUUUAUUUCGUACACAAAUUUCCGACGAGGAGAAUCGUCUCGUUGAAGACAACGACACCUGGUCCGACCUUCGCAAGAUCGCUUACAUUGGCUUUCACUCCGAAACAUCAGGAAGUGUGCAGCUUAGCCUCACUUACUUCGUUAAAGUCCGCGCUGCUGCAUGGAAUGCUAAAUAUGAUAUCCGAGUUUCAACUGAGUCUGAAGCGGACAACUCAAUUCGUGUUUUCUACAAAGCCGCUGUCACGCAAACAACCGGCGAGUCCUGGUUGGAUGUACCUUUGACUCUCGAAACGGCGUCGCCGUCAUCUGGUGUCACCUUACCCACCAUCAGCCCCUGGCGGCUGAAUUGUGGAAGGCUCCUCCGGCUGUGCCCGUGGAACGACCUUCCAAGAGAAAACGGCACAGCCGAUUCCUGGAUGUGGAGGCGGAGAUAA